GAGAUUUGGAACCUUCGACAAACGGUACAACUUCAUAGGUGCAAUAAAAAUUCAAAUUUUCUCUCAUUCAAUAAAGUUUGACACAAGUUCUUACAUAAAUUAGUCCUCUCAUCCUGGAGCAAACUGAUAUUGCGUUACCUUUCUGUUUUCUUUUUUCAUUUGUAGCUCUUUCUGAAGGUUAAUUUUAAGUUAUCUGCAAUCACUCAAUGAAUCUAGUUCCAUUUAAUUUGGCUCCUGCUGCACCAUCUCCUCCUCCGUGGUUGCCCAUGUUACCACCAAACCCUACCCAGUCAAGUGCUUUCUGGGAGACCGAAAAUGUGCAUGAUCGGCUGAGAGACUUACAAGAGACUAUGAUUCUCGCAAAAGCAAUGCAGAAGGAGCUAGAAAUGUUGAUGACAUCGAUAGAUGCUGAAGGAUUUGCGGAACAUGGGGAAAGGGGGUCCUUUGAUCCUGUUGAUUGUAGCUUAUCCAAGUGUUUAGAAGAUAGGAAAACUGAUUUGAAAGCACAAGACACACUUUCUCUGGAUGCUGCAUACUCUUUGAUAUCAAAAUUAAGAGCUCAGCUAGGGCCAUUUCGACCUCUCAUAGAUGAAGCAAGCCCUUGGGAGGAGAAAUCUGCAGCCAUUAGAUUGUCUGAUAAGAUGCUAAAGAGUAAACGAAAUAAACUUUGGAGGAAGAGAAAGAGAAAACGUAUUGCAGAAAUGCAUGCAAAGGAGCAUGAACAAUUUGACCAAGCUGAUCGAGAAGCUAACGAGUGGAUGGCUAGGGAGAUUGCCAAGGAUGUUGCACAACUCAAGGUGGAUAAUAUGAAGCAGAUUGCCAAGCUUAAAGUGAAAGAGGAGAGAAAGAGACUAGAAUCAGAGCUUGAGCUGGUUUUGAUCGUGGAGAAGUUGCAGGAAUUGCGUUCCAUCAGGAUUCAAAAAUUGAAAAAACAAGGGCAUUUUCUCCCGGAGGAGGAUGACAGGUUUCUUGAGAGAGUUCGGGCUGCAGUUGAGGAAGAGGAGCGGCAAGCAAUGGUUGCUGCUGACACUGAUGCUGCCAAGGAUGCCAUUGCAACUGCUGAGGAAUCCCGGAAAACAACCCAGAAUCAUGGACCUAUCUCCAAGGAUUCAAGUGGUGAUAAUGUUCGAACUAAGGAAAGUACAGGCAAAAUAAAUGAUGUCAAUGGCAGUGCAGGAUCUGGUGUGGUCACUGUUCCAUCUGAAGAAAGGGGAACUGAAGGUCAAAGUUAUACUGGAGCUUAUGAUUCUGUGGCAAAUUUACCAAUGGAAUUCUACCACUAUUACUACGGUAGCAAUAAUGAUAUGGGCACACUUAUCGAGGUUAGAAGAACAUGGGAUGCAUAUAUAAGACCAGGAGGGAGCCGCAUUCCAGGGCAUUGGGUUCAGCCACCUCCUCCAGCUGAUGACAUAUGGGCGUCUUACCUUGUUAGGUCUAGAUGAUUCCUAACUAUUAAAAAGACGGAGCUUUGGCUCCCACAACUGGCAUAUUGCAGAGUUUUGAAAGCAUUUUUGAGCUGAAUUGCUUCGUAGUUGCAUGGAAAUUACACUAUGUUCUUGCAUCUGCACCCUUGAUUUGGAAUGACUGGUGACUUGUAACUUGGCGGCAGUGACAAUGUAAGGUUCCUUCAACAGGUGGACUUCCAUGCGUGUCUAUUAUCAUCAUAAUGCCAUAUAUGAUAAUGAGAAUAAAGGUUUUGUAGGACAACCAAUUUGAAAUAAUAUUUUUGUGAAAUUAGAAUGUGCAGACCCUUGCUUUUUUGUAAUGUAAUAAGCCUCCCCUUCUUAUUUCUCCUGUUAUCAACCCACUGAUGGAUACAUGUUCAAAAGUUAGAAGAGAGAGGGAAACUGUACUGGUGCUACAUUGCAGAGUCUAUCAAAUGGGGAUACUAAUCUCCCUCCUCUCAUGCCAAUCUUUGAAGGUAAACCUGCAUCUGCAUGAGAGAAUUUUUUACAGCACCUCUCCACAAGUCCCUUCACUUAUUGAAAUAAUGCUAGAAUGGAAAAACAGAGCAAACAGGCUUCGAAGGCAGUCGAAAAUUAUGUUGUGUUCUUGAGCAGAGCAUUACCAGUCUUACUAGAAUUUCUAUGGAUUCCGAUGAUCUAGCUGACAGGUUAGCCUGUUUAAUUUUUUCAGUAAAUUUCUGCUGUUGUAUUAUUUGUUUGCGUUUUCAAUAUAAUAUUUAGGCGGUUAUACAA